AUGACCGUCUCGCCAACCAAGAUUUUGUUGAAGAAUGGCGUGCUUCUUAUCCAUGGAGAGGAUGGCAGAGUAAAACCUCAGCGGUCGGAUAUAUUCAUCGAGGGAGACACGAUUUCACAAAUCAGCCCAAAUGUCAGGACAGCCGGCGAGGAUGUCAAAGUGUUUGACUGCGAGGGCAAGAUCGUGUCUCCAGGCUUUAUAAGCACACAUCAUCAUGUAUGGCAAACCGCGCUGAAGGGUCGCCAUGUCGACCACACUCUACUUGAGUACUUGCCGCGAGGAAACUUCAUUGGGUCAUUAUUCUCUACCGAAGACGCAUUUUGGGGUGAACUUGGUGGCGCACUUGAAGCUAUCGAUGGCGGGACCACGACCAUUGUGGACCACUCCAGUCUGAAUGUUGGCCCAGAAUUCCCAGAUGACUAUACAUCUUCACAUGUUCUCGAAGAAUGGAAAUCGCUAGCGACAAAGGGCCCAUACGGAGACGGGCGAGUGCAAAUUGGAUUCGCAGUGGACAACUUGUAUCAGUCGCCCGACCAAAUGAAGUUUCUCUAUUCGGAGCUUCGCGCUGCAAAGGCUAAGGUUAUAACAUCACACGGUGCUGGCGGUCUAGCUUUCGGCAAUGGUCCUUCUGUUCUCCAGAUCCUGAACAACCACAACCUGCUUGGCUCAGAUAUACUCAUCUCUCACGCCAACUUCCCAAAGGAUGGCGACGCAGAGCUUGUCAAGAAGCACAACGUCUGCAUCUCUGCUACUCCCAACACAGAGCUUCAGAUGGGAUGGCCGCCAGUCGCCCUUCACCCAGAGUUUGAAGCAAACUCCAGCCUCGGGGUUGACUGCCACAGCUGUGGCAGCAGCUUCAUGCCCAAUCAGAUGCGACUGGGCUUGCAGUAUGCCCGACUCGAACGACAAGAGAAUCUUCGGAGACAGGGCAAGUGGAGCCGGCAUGUCGGUCCGUCAGCUGAGCAAGCCUUCAAUCUCGCUACAAUUGGCGGCGCAAAGGCGAUUGGCAUGGAGGGUGAGGUUGGCCAGAUCCGCGUUGGAGCAAAGGCAGACCUAGUAGUCUUCAGCACCGACAGCCCCGCCAUGCUUCCUGCUGCUGAAGAAGACCCUAUUGCAGCGGUGAUUCUGCAUUCGAGUGAGAGAGACGUGGAAACUGUCAUCGUUGGAGGCGUCAUUCGGAAGGAGAAUGGAAAGUUACUACCUGUGUCAUUUACCGGUCAAGUUGAGGGGGCGAGUGACCUCGGUCUUCAUGGGAAAAGCAUUACGUGGAAGGAUGUUGCGGUGAAUUUGAUUCAGAGCCGGAGUAGAUUGAACAACAAGGCAGAAGGUAUCGACAUGACGGUGGUGGAAGAGACGAUUAUCGACAAUUUCUACAUGAACCGGAAGGAUAUGCUUGAGCAGUCAUGA